UCCACUCUCCUCCACCUUUCCCAGAACCUUCCCUUAUAUCUCUUUCCCUUUUUCCUUUUUUUAAUCCCAUUUAUUGCCUUCCUUUUUGUUCCAAACCCUUUACUUAAACUCCCCUAAAUUUUCUCUCGCACAUUUUAUCGAAUGCCUUCCACUCCACACCCAUCUCCAUUUUCAUCUUCUCCUGCUUCUCCAAUCAUGGCGGAUUUGCCACAUACACCCAUCAUGAUGACGAACAACGGCGUGGAUCCCAACAACUUCUAUACUUCAUACGACAAGAAUUACGCCCUCAGUGGCAAGAUUAUGCUUAGCGCCAUAGUCAUCUUGUUUUUCGUUGUCAUACUCAUGGUUUGCCUCCAUCUCUACGCCCGUUGGUACCUCCUCCGCGCCCGCCGUCGUAACAUGCGCCGCAACCGAAACCGCCGCAAUCAACUUGUCUUUCACAUGGACCCCGCAACCGCAGCCACCGCCGCCCCGCGUGGCCUCGACCCGGCUGUCCUCAAUUCGCUCCCUGUUUUUGUCUACUCCGCCAAGACCCACCCUGAUUCGGAUUCCAACCCGACCAUGGAAUGCGCCGUGUGCUUGUCUGAGUUCGAAGAGAAUGAGAUGGGUCGCCGCCUCCCCAAGUGCAACCACAACUUCCACACCGAAUGCAUCGACAUGUGGUUCCACUCCCACUCCACCUGUCCCCUGUGCAGAUCUCCGGUCGAACCGGGUCCGGAUCCUGAGCUUGAGAUCCGGACCGAAGUGUGCGUUACUGAACCAGCGGGAACCGAACCGGGUCACGGGAGCAGUUCUGGGUUAUGCUCCGAAUGCGACCGUUCGUCUUCUUCGAUUGCCUCAUCGUCGUUCGGGGCUCGAAGAAAGCCUUUUGAGCUGGUGGGUGUGUCUAUAGAGGUUCCGAGAAGGAACGAGAGCUUCGGAAGAUUGGAAGAGGACUCGCCGUCGGGUCAAACGUCAUCGUUUAGGUCUCCGAUGAGUCGGAUGUUAUCGUUCAAGAGGAUUCUCAGUAGAGAUAAAAGAGGAAGUGGGAUGAUGUCUCCGUCGGGGAAUAGCACACCGAGUGGUUGCAGCACCGUGAACGAGUUGGAUAUAGAGCGGGGCAAGGAUGUGACUCAGUGAACACGGGGAGGUGACUCAGUGAAUGGGACAGAAAGAAGUAGAAAGCUAGGAAUAGUACAGUGACGUGUGGAGAGUCGUGCCGUGACAUUAUCAUAAUUGAAUUGAGGAAGUUUGACUCAAGACAAUGUGGGUAAAUUUGAAAUUUUGCAUAAACGAGGCGUAACUGGGAACGGCCGUGGAUUUGUCGCGCUGCCUUAGUUCGACUAUGAAUAUUUGACUUGUAAAUAAUAUCUCAUUUAUUUCAAAAAAAAAAAAUCCCAUUUAAUUCAUUUUGUUAUUUAAAAAUAUUGGACUUAAUGUGAAGGAGAUACCUUUUGGGUUGAGCUUCUAUACAAUAAGUUAAUUUAUAUAUAUGGAAAUUUUAUAAUUAAAAUUA